AUGCAAUACGCCGUGCACAUUCUCAACCGGACCCCCACGGACCCGCGCAAGAACUCGCUGCUGCAGCGUUCGAAGCGCGUCAUCAUUGUCGGCCACAUCAAGAACAUCGAGACGCUGACGGAGGCGCAAAAAGCGCACGUCCGUAGCGCGACGGACGUCGCCGUUCAAGCCGGGUACUUAAAGGGGGCCGACGCGCCAGCAGCAACAGCGGCAAAAGUUGAUCGCGCAGAGACCAACAGCCCGACGCGGAAGAAGAGCAGAAAACGAUGGACGCGAGCGGCGCAUGGAACAAAAGGCGCGUCGAAACGCGCAGAAGCGGCUGCUUGUCAGGAGAAGGCAGCCGCGAGCAGAGAGGUCGUGAAAUCUGCUUUCGAGCGCAAUCCAGUUAGAACUACGAAAGGGCCUUUAAAGGCUCAAACAGGCAAGCUGUCUGUGGAGCUAUCUGCUGCACUCGAAGCUCACUAUUGCCGGCUUCACGCGGUGCGAGAGCGACAUGUGUUUCUACUGAAAACGCGACGGCGACGACCUCGUCGUGGUCGGCAUGUAUGCCGACGAUCUCCUAGCGACAGGAACGAGCGCGGCGGUGGUCGAGCGGUUAUUCGCAAGCCUCGCUUCGUUGUCGAUCACGGACAUGGGGGUGUCAGCAAGUCCCUGAGCACGCGCGUGACGCACGACCGUCAGUGCGGAAUACACGCUCGAUCUAGAGGAGGCCACCAGAGACCUCCUCGCGACAAUCGGGCUUACCGAAGCCAACUCGAAGUGGACGCCGAUCGAAGACAGCUGCUACGAGCUAGAGGAGGGCUAAGAAAAGCUUCUUUGGGACGCCAAGCACGCGACCAGGACCGACAGUGCGCCAGUUCCAGUCGCUGGUCGGCUCGCUGCUCUGGGUGGCGCGUUUCACGCACCCCGACAUAG